CUUAUUAAAUAGGUUUACAGAUUUAUGAUAGUUUAGCUCGAGAAAUUCCGAUAUCAUUAUAAAAUAUGGUUCGUAGCACAAGGUCAUCUGCAGUAACUUCGCUUGAUGAGAUUCCAGAAAACAAAAACGCUGACGACAUAUCUACGGAAAAGGAAGAUGACGUGGAAGUUAUUCCCCCAGAAGUUGUAGAAUUGGAUGCUAACGAAAAGUCAGAACCCAUCCACCAAACGGAGAUUGAAGCAGUCUCGAUUUAUAGCGAAAAAGGUUCCUCUGUUGGCGUGAAACAAAAAGCGCUUGAAAUUGACCAAUCAGAAGAUAAAGAGGAAGAAAAAGGGAAGAAGCGGAAGAGACACCAGAGUAAGAGUAAGAGCAAGAAAAAAGGAGAGAAGAGUUCUUCCAAAUCUUCUUCAAAGAAGGCCAAGAAAACAGAAGAAACUGCAGAAAAGUGCGAAGAUAACGAGCCAGCGAAGCAAGUUCAAGACGUGAGUGCAACAGCUGAAAAUUGUACACCUAGUGUCAUUGAACCCCAACCCAUUGAAAACAAUGCGAGUUUCCAGCCGCCGGUGGCUGAAAAAUCUGCAGAUAAGACAGAGAAAACAACAUCAUCAAGUUCAACUGGGCAAGCGAGGCUUGAAGGGAGAGAAGAGACUAAGAAAUCAAGAGAUCGAAGUCCGCAGCGUGAAUCUGACAAGAUUCGCACAGACAGAGAGCGGGACCGAGAUCAUAGGAACCGUCAACAUCAGCGAGAGCGCGAACCAGAGAAGCCGGCCUUCAAAAUAGUUCACGCGGGUACAGGAAGCUGGCAACAUCUGAAGUACGAGAAACCAGCACCGACUCCAUAUGAAAGUGUAGCAGAUGAAAAAACUAUUUCUGAGAGGGAAAAUACCGAAGCGCAGCAAAAUGUAGUAGGAUCGGAACCAGUAGUACCAGAUCCGAAUGCUCAACCAAUAUCAUCAUACCCGCCUAAACCAAAUGAAAAUUUACCUGAUAAUGAUUACUUUUUGUCGCAACAUGCGAAAUAUAACGAAGAAACGCAGCAAACUGAAACGACCAUUACUAUUCAGUGCAAUGCUUCGAAGCAGUUUCAGAAUCAAAGUCAAAACGGGUUUCAACCACCUUUGCCGCCCCCUCUCCCCGAAGAGGAACAGCAAAUGUCUGAGAAUUUCGACCUGCUGUUGGGUUUUGGAAUGGACGAAGAUGCGGCAAAGAAAGUUGACCUUUUGUUCACAUGUAACUAUCUCACAGAACCUUUGCCAGAUGACCUGAUUUUAGAGUUGGCCGAACUAGAUUUCGAAAAAGUGGCUGCUUUGGUCGAAAGUUUCAAAAGUGCAGAUUUGAGUAAGAUCAGAAACAGACUGGUAUUUUUCAAAGCUAGACUGAAACUGAUUAAAAUGAAAGGAAUUAGUGCUCUUCCUGUUAAGAAUUCAAGUUCGGCUAAUGGAGUUAGUAGGCUAAUUGGAUACAGGCAAGACCCACAGGCUGUUAAUAGUCAUCAAGGUGGUUUUAUUCAUAGUGGUGUUGCUGAAAACGUAUCGGGCCAGUCGACAGGUCUUUCGAACAUCCAAUCAGAAGCGCAGAAAAUUGUGUCACAAGUAGCCCAGAAUAGCUCAACUGUUGGAAUUGCUCAGUCGCAGACAUAUACAUAUAUGGCCAUGCAAAAAUUAGCCCAAGGCGGGGCUCAGAGUAAUACCCAAAAUCCACUGCCAGCUCAAAAUGUCCAAAGUCAGCAAAUUCCGCCUCCACAAGGAGCUCAAAUAUCAGCAGCGCCUGUUAUGAAUACUGUUCAAAAUGGCGUCGGACAACAGAUGCAACAAGCAGAUCCGAAUUCAAUAGCUGCUAGUGCCGCCGCUGCUUCAUACAACUACCCUCCGAAUCCCUAUCAAGACAUGACAAGUGUGGCUCAAGGUCAAACUGGUCAGUACCCUGGUACAACCCAAUACCCAGCCGGUCAGUAUCCGGGUUAUAACUAUUACGGAAGCUACACUGCAAGUUACGGGUGGGGAAGCUCGGCCACACCUACAAAUGCGGGUGGGGACGCAGGUGCUAAAAGCUACAAUGGGUUGGGUUACAAUAGUAGUAACGUUCCGGCAUACUCUGGACCAGGUUAUAGAACCGGACCUGAUAUGUCAAAAAUGAAUGAGAUUUUACUGAGGACUGGUUACAAUUACGAGCAUAACCACGUGAUCAGAAAAUAUGGACCUCCCCCAGACUGGGUCGGAGACCCCCCGGCAAGCGGACAUGAGUUAUUUGUGGGAAAAAUUCCAACUGAUUGUUGGGAAGACGAAGUCAUUCCAAUUUUCGAGCAGAUCGGAAAAAUUUACGAAGUUAAAAUUUUGAUAGACAAAGAAACAAAUUUAAACAAAGGGUUCUGUUUUGUAUGCAUGUGUACAAAAGAUGACGCGAAGAAAGCUAUCAGCAGACUCAAUGGUUCUUAUAUAAGACAGAGAUGCAGAAUAUUUGUGAAGUACUCGGUGCAGUUUACACGACUGUUUGUAGGCGGAAUUCCAAGGAAUAAGUCGCGUGAAGAAAUCUUCUCGGCGUUCCAUGACGAAGUGCAUAAUCUCUCGGACGUUGAGGUGCUGGGAGGUGAUGAUGGUAUGCAGAAUAGAGGGUUCGCGUUUCUUGACUUCAAGACGUACUUUGAUGCAGCUGUAGCUAGGAAGCGACUACAAGCAGGGCGUGUAUGUAUUCGCACGUGGGGCAGGUACAGUAAGUUCGUGGUGGAGUGGGCAGUCCCGCUGGACAACCCGGACGAGGAGGCCAAGGAGCAGUCGAGGACUAUUCUGGUGAAGAACCUCGGACAGGACACCACAGAGGGAGAGAUGUACGCCACAUUCCAGGGAUAUGGUGCGAUCAACAAGGUGUUCAAGCAGCAGCACUAUGCCUUUGUGGAGUUCAUGGAUAGAGAGAGUUGUAACGUGGCCAUAGAGGGCGAGAAGAAGAGGGGUGGCUAUGAGUGCAGAAUACACACUCCCAUCCCAGAAGUAUCAAAACGAAUGGUGCAAAUCAUCAAAGAACGCACUGCUGAGAAAGAUGCCUUGAAUAACAUGAGCGGAGGCAGCGGGGGAGGGAUGGGCAACGGAUAUGGGGGAGGAGGAGGAAUGGGCAUGAGGGGAAUGGGUGGGGGAGGAGGAUACGGAAGACGUAGUGGGACCGGGGAAGGAGGGGCAUAUGGAAAUAGAGUAUCAGGCGGAAACAGUCAACCUCUCGGCCAAAAUAGUUAUACUAGUAACUCGAGUAACCAGAACGGCGGUGCCCAGUCGUACGACGCGUAUAAUCGGGGCUACUAUGACGCACAGUACAGAGCACACUAUGAUGCGUAUAUGAACCAAGCGUCGGGCGGAGCUCCUCCGGCUAAUUAUAAUAAUUACCCGCCGCUGACCGGAUACGGAAGCACGGCCACGCCAUCUCCAGCGAACUUGCCGGCGAGUGGAGAGGCAGUGGUUACAAACGUACCAGAAUCGUAUAACAGGGAUGUUCCUUAUUAA